CAGGAUGUUGAAGAAUCACAAAACCACACUGGCAAUCCCAUUGGAGAUGACUACAAAAAGAUGGGAACACUUUUUGGUGAACUGAACAAAAACCUCCUCAACAUGGGCUUCACAAGGAUGUAUUUUGGAGAACGAAUUGUGGAACCAGUAGUGGUCGUUUUCUUUUGGCUUAUGCUAUGGUUCCUUGGCCUGCAAGCCCUUGGACUAGUUGCUGUUCUUUGCCUUGUCAUUAUUUAUGUACAGCAGUAAAACAUCGGACAUUUGGUAGCCAUGUAUGUAAUUGAUAGAGCUAUACACUUGGGCUUUUUGAAAGCCAAUUGUUUGACAUAUUUCAUAUUGUAUACUGGCUGUUUUGUAAUUAAAAUUAUAAAUGAGUUUCUUUAAAAUGCAACUCUUUGUUAUAACAAGGAUGAAUAUAUAUUUUUGACUAUAUAUUAGCUUAUUCAAACUCUUUUUCACUCCUGUGAUCUGACCUACCUUUAGACACCUGCUUUCCCAUGCCAAAUCUGAACAUCACCCGACAGUGAUGGGGGAAAUAGCUUGGCAUGGAGUUGCAGGGAAGUGAUGGAGAUCUUGUAAAGUUCCAAUAAAACAUUUUGGAAGACAAAGGAAAAAGCAGCUAAGAAUAAGUUUUCAUUGGAAAACUGUUCCACCCCCCUUUCCAUUGAACAGUCCCAUUGGGGGAAGAUGUUUGUUUCUCUGUCAUCUCUGCAUCGUCCAAAACAAAGUAAAUGGUAGCUGCCACAUACCGCCGUAGUGCCGUGCUGUUUCCAGAAGACUGAAAAUAAUAUAUUUAUUAUUGGCGGUGAAGUUUUGGGGUUAAAUGUAAGUUUUUAUGUGUUAUACUUAGGCCCCCAUUACAUGGUUUGUAAAGUUAGAGUUGAUUCUGGUGCUCAUUUCUUUGUGUGAAUUUUUAAGGCUGCACACCUGGCAGUGCCUGUGAUUUGUACCUAGCCAGUUGCAUGUUUUUCCUAGAGACAUUUUCAGUGCAUUUGUUUCCAAGGGUUUAUAAUUUUAUAGUUCUUUUCUAACAAUUACUCGAAGGUUUAAAACAAUGCCUUUCCUGUCAUGGCAUGGAGUUUGUCCCCAAGAGAAUGAUUUCUAUCUUAUAAAAGAUAAAAAAAGUCAGAUCAUUUUUCUUUGAUACCUGUAUUGAAGAAUACAAGAGUACAGAAUAAAACCACAUGCUUAAAUUAAGAACUCGGUAGCCACUUGUAAUAUUCUAGGAUUAAAGCCAUUGGCUAGCCAGGUUUUUAAUGUGUACUAUGGGGUUUUAUAUUGAAACAAGCAUUUCUUUGUAUAUACUUUGAAAAUGAAAAAUGACUUUGAUAUGUCUGGUUUUGUUAAAGAACCUAAAAUCUGUACACUUUUGUCUAAGAGUCAUCUAUUUGAACAAAGAAAUUUAAAUACAGAAAUGGGGCAUCGAGGUAUUUUUGUUUGGCAGGGCAUUAACUAAAGCAAUAGGGUAUUUACUAGGCCACUUUGUAAAGUUCUUAUUCUUGCAGUUUUAAACAUUAUUCUGUAAGAAAUUCUGAAACAGAAAAUUAUGAAAACAUUUAGCUUAGCUUUCUAAAAUCAAUUUUGCACAAAAAAUAAAUAAAUAAGAAAGCAGGAAUACUAA